GCCCAUCUAACCCAGUUGACUGGACAUACACUCAUUUGGGCUCUCUAUACAAACAAACUACAGGGAAAAAUCUACUCAAAUGAAAUAAACAACCUCAAAAAGAAACAAAAUGACCCGCUCAAACGCAGUCACACCCGACUACUACGAAAUCCUCAACAUCCAAACCACAGGAAACGCCGCCCAAGUCUCCAAACAACAACUCAAACUCGCCUACCAUAAAGCCCUCCUAAAACACCAUCCAGACAAAGCCUCCUCCGUCGCAAACAGCGCCGACCUCCCCCGGUCCAACCACGACCUGUCGCGCGACAGCAAAGCCUACACAAUCGACGAGAUAACAACAGCCUACAAAACUCUCACCGACCCGCAGCUCCGCGCAGAAUAUGAUCGUGCUUUGCGACUAGACCGGGCGAAGAUUGUUGAGCGUGAGAAAACGGGUGCCGUAUUCCAUACUGGGCUGGAGGUGGUUGAUCUCGAGGACCUGGCUUGUGAGGAAGAAGGCGAUUCGGCUUUCUGGUACAGGGGCUGUCGGUGUGGUGAUGAGAAGGGGUUCUUGGUGUCGGAGGAGGAUCUGGAGAGGGAGGCUGAACAUGGAGAGAUUGUUAUUGGGUGUCGGGGGUGCAGUUUAUGGAUGAAGAUUUUGUUUGCGGUUGAGGAUGGUUGAAUGGUGCAUCGGACUGAGGAGAUUUAGACUUGAGUCGUGGCUUGCACUUUGCCAUGUGCCAUUCCAAAAUAUGGUCGCUUCGGCGCCGUGAUGCAAUACCGACCGUACCUUGAGUCGCGGGAUGCUUUGAGGCUUGUCUCAUGCAGAAACGCCCAGGGAAUAGGGCGAAGCAGUCCCGUUAACGACAUCAGAGUUGAACGACUUAAGGUUGAUAGAUCGCUGAGCUGGAAGUGCUGUCUCCGAGAUGAUCUGAGAGAGAAGGGGGAGGAAAUGUUCAUUUACAGUGUGCAUGAUAUCAGCAUACUGAGAGGCAUCCUUAGUGCAAUUGUAGUAUAUUGCACCAUGUACAGUGUGUGGUGCCAGAUAUAAAUCAUUGAGGCUUUUAUUUUAUUAUAUAUAUAUACA